GAACCUUUGAUUCAAUCACCGGGCUGCGUGUGCACAUGCUGAAUGCUUUCAAGAAGAGUUUGAAGGAAGUCCCAAACUCCAUGACUGGCCGGGAAAAUCCAGAUGUUGAUGUGCGUGGCAUGGACGGGCUUCCGAAAGGCAUCCUGGAAGAAAGACGUCAACGUUUGCUGGCAAAUGAGCCGGACGACGAUGAUGAGGCUACAAAGCCCGAGGCCACAGGCAGACCAAAAGGUGCGGGAGACAAGGCCGACGCAAACAGUCCAACCGACGCACAGUCGGACAAAGAACCGAAACUGCCGCCGCCAGAGACUCGCAGCUCCGAGCCCCAGCUCACAAAACCAGUUGGUCACGGCCAGGAGGACCUGACAGGCCCAUCUUCACAUCCAGUAUGGUUGACAGCCGAGGCAGACGCUGGAGAUCUUCCGGUGGCCUUGAAAUGCCUGGUUGAAGGUCAAGCGGACACGAAUGGAUCGUCCUCGAACCCAGAUCGUUUGUCGCAUGCAAACGUGACAUUGAUGGGGUCUCGCUCCAAAGAUGCGCACGACAUGGCCGUUCCGGGCGAGCGGCAGGCUGCCGAAGAUGCACCGCCGCGGUCCUCCGAACGAGACGUCUUUUUCGACCAGGAGCUGGACGCUUACUUACAUCGACACUGUGCCGAGCUGAAGGAGCUUCUGCAAGAGUUUCUGGCGAGCAAGCACCAGCCGGGGAGCUGCCUCGGUGUUGUUUCCAGCCCCGGGACGGUCUCCGAUGUGAAGUGGAUCGAACAUAUCGAGGUUACGCUCAAAAAUGCCAACGACGUCUUGCCAGAAUGCAGGGGUGUUUGCGUUUGCCAAGUCAAAGGGCAUGGAUCGGAUAUUUGCUAUCUGGAUGUGGGGAAAGAGGCAGCAGCUGAAGCGGUUGGAAUCCUGCGUGACAAAGUGAAGGGCGACACGAUCCACAUCUCACUUUUUCAGGAAGCACCUGUUUCGGAAAAUUUGCUGGGCAGCCUCACCUUGGACCCCGAGAGCAUGCGGGCUGGACGUGCCAGCACAGUCAAGCUGCCGCUGGUGUCUGGUGGCGAGGCGCAACUUCUUCUCGAAGUCGCGGAAGCCUCUUCGUCCACGGCUCAGGAGUUGUCCAAAAACCAGGGCCGCAGGUGGCAGCUCCUUGACGACAACCUGACGCAAAAAGUGGGAAUCAAAGCCGAGUCCUCCUCUGCCACAUUAGGACAGGAUCCAAGAAAAGGACAGUGCCAGGAGCAACCCGAAAGGGAAAACUUCGCGUUGCAGAUUGUCAAGAGCCAGUGGUUCGAUCGCCUUUGUGCCCUUCUGAUUGUCAUCAAUGCGGUGAGUAUUGGUCUUGAGGUGGAGCUCGUGGCAAACAACGUGGUGCCUGCAUCCUCCAUCGCAUUCCGCACCUCGCAGAUCCUGUUUGCUUUGCUAUUUGGUCUUGAGCUCGCCCUUCGCAUGCUGGCUUAUGGCGGUCGUUUUUUCUCAGAUCGCAUUGACAAGCCGUGGAACCUGUUCGACGCGCUCAUCGUGUCAUUUUCCACAGCUGAAAUUGUGCUCAGCCUGUUCAUCAGGGAUAGCACUGCGACCUUGUCGGUGGCGCGUUUUGCUCGAAUCAUACGAGUGGCUCGGAUCAUUCGGGUGACUCGCUUCUUCCGACAGCUUCGAACAUUAGUAUACACCAUACUUCACACUCUGACAUCUCUGUUUUGGACCGUCCUAGUGAUGGUCAUCAUUAUCUAUCUUUUCUCGGUUGGCAUCACAGCGGCUGUCUCGGAGCACUUGCAGCGACAGCCCGAACACACCGCGCAGAGGGAUCGACUUUGGGAGGACUUCGGCACGAUCGCCCGAACAGCUUACACUUUGUUCAAAGCAGUUUCAGGCGGUGUGAGCUGGGGAGAGCCAGCGGCGGAUCUCCUUCCUGUGGGACCUCUGUACUUGUUCUUGUUGUUGAUCUACGUCAUGUUCAUGCUUUUCUGCAUGGCGAACGUGGUUACAGGUUUUUUUUUUGCGAGCAUGCCUUCGAGAUGGCACAAGCAGACAAAGAUCAAGUUAUUAUGGACCAGAUCCGGUUGCGGGAAGACCAUAUCCAAGCCUUCAAAACGAUGUUUGGGCAUGUGGACGUCGAAGAAGAAGAAAGCAUAA